AUGGAGGACGCGGCUAUAGCCUCAUCAUCUGCUGCAUCAUCUCAUGAUAAAGAAGAUUUUUGCUGUCCAGUGUGUCAGGAGAUCUUCCAGACUCCAGUGAGAACUCAGAGCUGUCAUCAUGUUUUUUGCAGAAAAUGCCUUUUGUCGGCUGUCAAAGCAUGUGGUGCACAUUGUCCUCUUUGCCGCGGGGCGCUAUGUAGAUGGGAGAGAUCUGCACCAACAAGAGCAUCAGACAUCGAGAUACAAAUGAGAACAAUCUCAGCGGGGUGCAUGUACUGCGGGAAGCAAGUGAAAUUGUCCUACAUGAGGCUUCAUUACAAGUCGUGCAAAAGUUACCAGGAAGAAUAUGGGUUCGCACCUAAAGUAUCCAAAGAGGAAAACACUACCUGUGUAACAAAGCCGCUGGACAAAACCUACACAUGCCCUCUGUGUCUGCAGCAGGACCUAAAUAGACAAGCUUUGCUUGAUCACUGCAUAUUUUUGCAUUAUUUUGAAGAUGCACAAGCGGUGUGCCCAAUAUGUUGCUCUGUACCAUGGGCGAAUUCAGCUCCAGUAACUGAAAAUAUUGUUGCUCAUCUCAAUGCCAGGCAUCGGUUCAGCUAUGAAGACUUUAUGAAUGUUUAUCUUGAUGAAGAUGCUCAAUACCAAGCUGCAAUAGAAAAAUCAUGUCAAAGUUUCACUUGA